UCAACUGCCUCCCUCUCUCCUGCCACAGAUACCCCCAGUGUCACCCUCCGGUGGGCUUUCUGAGGAGUUCAGCUAAACUUGAACCCCGGGCAGACCGAAACAUGGCCGCAGCGACGGGACCGAAGCGGCAGGACACCCGGAAAUUUUUCGAGAAUCUUUCUGGAGCUGGGAAAUGCAUCGCGGUGCUGACCAGCGGCGGAGAUGCUCAAGGCAUGAAUGGAGCCGUUCGGGCUGUAGUCCGAAUGGGGAUUUAUGUGGGAGCCAAAGUCUACUUUAUUCACGAGGGGUAUCAGGGGAUGGUAGACGGUGGAGAUUACAUCAAAGAGGCGACGUGGGAAAGUGUCUCCAGUGUUCUGCAAGUGGGUGGCACCGUCAUUGGCAGUGCCCGGUGUAAAGAGUUUCGUUCCCGUGAGGGGCGACUAAAAGCUGCUCACAACCUCGUUCAGCGGGGCAUCACUUACCUGUGUGUGAUUGGUGGAGACGGCAGCUUGACCGGAGCCAAUCUGUUCAGAGAAGAGUGGAGUGGCCUUUUGAAUGAACUCACAGAGCAAGGGCUCAUAGAUGAAAAGGCAGCCAGAAGUCAUUCUCAGCUUCACAUUGUCGGUAUGGUUGGCUCUAUCGACAACGACUUCUGUGGCACAGACAUGACCAUUGGCACUGACUCAGCCUUGCAUCGGAUCAUUGAGGUGGUGGAUGCUAUCAUGACUACAGCUCAGAGUCACCAGAGGACAUUUGUGCUGGAAGUCAUGGGCAGACACUGCGGAUACCUUGCUCUAGUCAGUGCCCUGGCAUGUGGAGCAGAUUGGGUUUUCAUUCCAGAGAUGCCUCCUGAAGAUGGCUGGGAAGACAACAUGUGUCAGAAACUGUCUGAGAACCGUGCUGAUAAGAAAAGGCUGAACAUUAUUAUUGUAGCUGAGGGUGCCAUUGAUUGCCACAACAAGGCAAUAACCCCUGAUUAUAUCAAGGACCUGGUCGUGAGCUGCCUGGGUUUUGACACCAGGGUCACUAUCUUGGGCCAUGUACAGAGAGGUGGGACUCCAUCUGCCUUUGACAGGAUUUUGGCCAGUCGAAUGGGCGUGGAGGCAGUGUUGGCGUUACUGGAGGCGUCCACCGACACGCCUGCCUGUGUUGUGUCUCUCGUUGGCAACCAGGCUGUUCGACUACCGCUUAUGGAGUGUGUUCAGAUGACUCAAGAGGUACAGAAGGCCAUGGAUGAGAAGAAAUUUGAUGAGGCGGUCAGACUGCGCGGCAGGAGCUUUGAAAAUAAUCUGAGCACCUACAGACUGCUUGCUUCUCAAACGGCUCGCUCUGAACUCCAAAAUAGCUCCUUCAACGUGGCGGUGAUGAACGUCGGCGCUCCGGCGGCCGGUAUGAAUGCCGCCGUGCGUUCUGCCGUCAGGGUGGGAAUCACAGAAGGCCACAAAAUGUUUGCUGUCAACGACGGCUUUGAGGGCUUCUAUAAAGGACAGAUCAAGGAGAUCAAAUGGGGAGAUGUGGGAGGUUGGACUGGCCAAGGAGGAUCUCUGCUGGGGACAAAAAGAACUCUUCCAGCAAAACAUCUGGAUGCAAUUGCUGAGCAGAUGAGGAUCCAUAACAUCACUGCUUUACUUGUUAUAGGUGGAUUUGAGGCAUACGUUGGAUUACUGGAACUCUCCUCGGCACGGGACAAAUACGCCGAGUUCUGCGUGCCCAUGGUUAUGAUCCCAGCCACAGUCUCCAAUAACAUACCCGGUUCAGAUCUCAGCAUUGGCUCAGACACAGCUCUGAAUGCCAUUACUGACGCUUUUGAGUCCCUGCUGGAGCUGUACGAGGCCCGGGCCAACUACCUGGAGUUUUGCAUUCCCAUGUGCAUACUGCCUGCCACCAUUAGUAACAAUGUGCCGGGCACUGACCACAGUCUGGGAGCCGACACGUCGCUCAACGCCAUUGUGGAGACAUGCGAUCGCAUCAAGCAGUCUGCCAGCGGCACCAAGCGGCGGGUCUUCAUCAUUGAGACUAUGGGGGGCUACUGCGGCUACUUGGCCACGGUGGGCGGUCUGGCUGCAGGAGCCGACACCGUCUACAUCUACGAGGAGCCGUUUGACAUCCGUGACCUGCAGGCCAACGUCGAGCAUCUGACGCAGAAAAUGAAGACGAGCAUCCAGAGAGGCUUGGUGCUCCGAAAUGAGAAUUGCAACGAAAACUUCACCACUGAUUUCAUCUACCAGCUGUACUCUGAAGAAGGUCGAGGUGUGUUCGACUGCAGGAAGAACAUCCUGGGUCACAUGCAGCAGGGCGGCGCUCCGUCUCCCUUCGACAGAAACUUUGGCACCAAGGUUGCAGCUAAAGCCAUACAGUGGAUCACACGGACACUCAAGGAGUCAUACAAAGAAGGAAGAGUGUUCACCAACUCAGAGGACACCGCCUGCCUGCUGGGGAUGCGCCGACGGGCCAUGGUCUUUCAACCUGUCGCUCAGCUCAGGGAAGAGACCGACUUUGUCCACCGGAUCCCGAAGGAGCAGUGGUGGCUCAAGCUCCGUCCCUUGAUGAAAAUCCUGGCCAAGUACAAGACGAGUUACGAUGUGUCCGACGCCGGCCAGCUGGAACACGUGACCCGGGUGCGGCCCAAAGAGAACGACGCCUCGGCUGCGAUCUGAACCGCUGCCAGAUAACGGCUUUACUCCCACAGGAAACCUGCUUCACAUUUCAGUGGCAGCUGCUCAUGCUGACUGAUUCCUGCAUAUAUGUAUAAGGGAAGAUUAUUUAGAGUAGAGGUAAAAUUUAUGAAAGGGUUUAUUGUAUGAGUGUGGCACUUUUCAGAAGGAAUGUUCAAUUUUUAGGUAAAAUUUUAAGAGGGUCAUUUGGAAAGAGUAUUUAUUUUAAGCAAGCUAACAUCUAACAAAGCUUAGAUAUCCAAAGUUACGAAACACAAAUAUAUGCACUACCCACAAUGUACUGUAUUUAGGUUUUAGUGCUCCAACUGCAGCCAUGUCUAAUUAUUGUUUCGUGUGAACACUGGGAUUAAAUCUUUUGAUUAAACAGGUGCACCUGUUCAAAGUGCAGGUGCACCUUCACCUGCACUUUGAACCACGUAGUCAAUCACCCAAGAAAUGCUUUUAAAAAGGGAAUCGAUGUCUGGGGGAUCAGCGCACGCUUGAGAAUGUCCCUGAAGGCUUCAGAGUGAGCAGGUGUGUGUGUACGGUCAAAAGCUAACUGUACGUGUGUGUCGUGUUGUUGCCUUAGCUGCUUGUAUCCAUCCUGGGCUUUCUGUGUUUGCACCGUAUAGUUUUUAUUCAUGCAGGCUGUUGCUGUAGCAAAGCAGAGUAUUUGGAGGAUGUGUGGAACAGCCCAUUGGUAGCGUUACCGUGAUGUGAGUGUCCUGUUAAGAGUAAAUAAAGCUUUUAUGGUGUGGAAA